GUCAAAAAAGAAAUGUCGUGCAGUAACAUUUAAACACUACAUACACAAACUCUUAAUAUAAAACCAUAAAAAAAUGUUAAUUCAAUAAUGAGAGAGCUGGUUUCAUCCUAAUAUCCAAAAUGUCCUGAAUGGAGGUGAAACACGAAUUGUCUGCCGCGUCGCUGUUGAAACUUGUGUCGUUCUUAUUCUGGAGUGCAUUGUACUUGUGGUGUUCUGUCAGGGCACCAGAACAGAGCCCAGAGUGGCGCUCUCGUGUGGUGACAUUGCUCCACGGGAGUGUAGCUACCAUCAUCGGCUUAUCACAAUGUGGCGUACAGUCACUCACACCAUGUCGCUUCACCAUGAAAAUAACAGCGCGACACUACGCACUGAUGGUUUGGUCAUGGGGCUACUUCGCAUUCGACCUCCUCUGGUGUAUUCUGUACAUGAACGAGAAUAUAUUAAUGCUGUGUCACCACGCUAGCGCUGUCAUUGCCAUCACUAUGUAUAUGCAGAAGAUCUAUAAAGGCUGUACCUUUGCCUGCACGUUGACGUUAUUAGAAAUCACCAAUCCUCUACUGCAAAUACGAUGGUUUCUUAGGCAUGAGGGAUAUGAUAAAACCCUGAUAUAUAUCAUAGUGGAGGCAUCAUACUUAAUAAUGUUCCUGGGCGCAAGGGGACUCCUCGGUAGCUAUAUUAUGUACAAGAUAUUAAAAUCUGACUUAUUCGAUAUGGAUGAAAAACUUAUGUCUCUUGUAUUCUAUAUUGUGUCGAUAGCAUUCAUGUACGAUAUAUUUGGAUACGUACUAUAUAAAUACAAAAAUAAAAUCGAAGAAUUCAGGGGAUUUUUGGACGAAAGAGGAAUUUUAUUGAAUGAAAGUUAAUAUUGUAAAAAUAACGCACGUUUUAUUAAAAUAUACAUCAAUCAUUCGUUCUUUGAUUGCACAAUAGUGCAUUUUGCCGAAAACUAAGUUACAUAAUAUGUGUAUUUCAAUAAAACAAUACAUCAGAAGUGUCCAGUACUUAAUUGGCAGUAAUAUUUAUUUUUAAAAUGCUAUUCACCAGUGUUUAUUCAUGAAUGAAUAUAAUACGCUAGUGUGUUCACUAUGUAUUUUUAAAUUAAGAUAAAACUAAAACUAUAUGUUAAAAUAUAAUAUUUAUAAAUUUACUUGGGUUAUAUUUGAAAAAACAUAUAAAUUAGGGACUGCUACAAAGAAUUGAUAAUUUAUAUUUUCACACGAUAAAUAUAUAUAUAUAUAUUUACAGAUUUGUCUGAAUACAUUCCUUUUGGAUAUAGGAUAG